GUUCGCCAGCAACAUUUUGCAGCAAAUUGCCUAGCAACAGCAUUAAUAAACGACAAUUUGCCAGGCAACUCGCGGCUGCUUCUGUAUAUUUCGCGCGGGAAGAAAUUUUUGAACACCUUUCUUAACUGUUUGGGACUGAGUGGCGGGCGAAGAACGAAGAUAAGUUUUGACAGGAGUUUUGUGGUGUUGCUUCGAUGAAUUAUUAUUUUGGAAAGACUUUGAGAGUUGAAUGUUGAAUGGAUAUGCAAGGCCAGUAGAUGGGUUGUGGGAUUCUCUUGCCAGUCGAAGACAGAUCAGGUGAAUAGCCAUGACAGACAGAGUAGUCCUUCUAAUUGACAUGGACUGCUUUUAUGUGCAAGUGGAGCAACAACUACAACCAGAGACAUUGGGAAAACCAGCAGUAGUUGUGCAAUAUAACACAUGGAAGGGGGGCGGCAUCAUCGCUGUCAACUACGAGGCGCGCGCGUGCGGCGUGCGGCGCAACAUGCGCGGAGACGAGGCGCGCCGCCUCUGCCCCGAGCUGCUUCUGUUCAGAGUGCCCGAGAGACGCGGGAAGGCCGACAUCGGCAAGUACCGGGAGGCGGGCCGGCGGGUGAUCGCCGCCAUCCGGCCGUUCGCCGACCGCGUGGAGCGCGCCAGCGUCGACGAGGCCUAUGUGGAGCUGACUGCGGAGGCGGUGCGGCGCGCGGCGCGUGGGCCCGUCGCCGCCGAGGCGCUGGCCAACACGUUCGUUGUUGGGUUUGGCGGAGAGGAGAAGACGGAAGAGUGUCGUCGGGCUGGCGUGGAGGCCUUCCUGGAGUCAAUCCGCUCCGGUUUCGCCUCUGACGGUGACCGGCUGCUGGCCGCCGGUGCUGCCAUCUGUGAGGAGAUGCGCAAAGCUGUACUGGACCAGACCGGCUACAAAUGCUCGGCAGGAAUCGCUCACAACAAGGUGCUGGCCAAACUGUGCGCCGGUAAGAACAAGCCGAACCGACAGACGAUCUUGCCGCACGGCUCCGUGCCACAGCUCUACGAAACGCUCCCCGUCAAAAAGGUUCGGUCCCUGGGUGGUAAGCUGGGUGACGCCGUCACCGAGGGACUGGCCUGUGAGACGAUGGGCGAUCUGUCGCGGCUCUCCCUAGCGCAGCUGCAGGCGGCUUUAGACGCCAAAACCGGCCAGUGGCUAUACCAGCUGGCGCGGGGCUUCGACUCGGAACUGGUGGCCGACCGGCACCUUCCCAAGUCGAUCGGCUGCAGUAAGAACUUCCGCGGCCCGGAGGUGCUGCGGACGCGACAGAAGGUGCGCCACUGGCUCCAGCAGCUGGCCAACGAGGCCAGCGAGCGGCUUACCCUCGACCAGGAAGUGAAUCAGCGCACGUCCCGCUCUCUGACGGUCAGCGUCACCACAGAGGACGGCAGACACGUCAGCCGCGCAUGCGCACUGACCGGCUACGCGGCGGAGACGAUCGCAGCAGACGCGUUCGCGGCGCUCUCCAAACUGAACACCGCCCAGGAGGGCGACCAGGCCUGGGCUCCUGCGCUGAUCAACCUGAGCAUCUCUGCCGGAAAGUUCUCAGAAGUGCCGACGGCGGCGUGCGGCAACAUCGCCGAAAUGUUCUCCAGACUGCCGGCGUCUUCUGGUACGGCGACCCCUCGCCAGUCGCGCGCGGCUGCGAAGGAUUCGUCCAUCGCGGCGGUGAUGGCGAGGAUGGCGGCAAAAGAGUCGCCGGCGGUAGCGAGGAGCUCGGGUAGUGCGACGAUAGUUCAGACAAGUGCAACAUUAGAUACUGGUGACGGUGAAUUGACUGAGGAGUGUGCGAGGGACGCGGCAGGGGAAGAAGUGACACCAAAGGUGAUUGCGAACGGUCUGUUGAAUGGUGUGGUUAGUAGUGUGAGCACGGAAGGACGGACUGCGGAUGAGGGGUCGUCACGGUGCGGCGAGUCGGUACCUCAGUUCGGAGAGAAGCGGCGCUCAGAGGUCUCCGACGCUGAGCCACCCUCCAAGUCCGUCUGCACGGGAACGGACCGUGGCGGUGGGGCUGACUCCGCUACCACGGCGCCAGAAGACGCCGGCAGUCGACCGGCAGCUACAUCCCCUGCCAUCACUGGCUUCUUCGCCAGAAAGGAGCGACAGAUUCGGGCCGAGCAGGCGGCAGCGGCGGCUGCGGCACCCAGCGCCCCUACCUCUUCUGCUGCCUCCACUGCCACCGCCUCACGGUCCUCACCAGACCGAGAGCGAAGGACCGCCGCCAGCCCGCCCCGUCCUACAUCCCACACUCCAUCCAGCCCGGCCCGCCGGGGUCGCGGCAGGGGCUCCUCCCGGCGCGGACGAGGCCGCGGUUCCCGAGGUGCCGCGGCGGCCGUCAGCCCAGACAAACGCUCUCGAGUGCGGGUCCCUCUUCCAGUGGAGGACACUCUGGAUCUGGAUGAGAACUCUGUGGACGCCGACACACUGGCCGCCCUCCCGGAGGACAUUCGACAGGAGGUGGAGGAGCAGCUGGAGAGGAAGAGGAAGAGGAGGGUAGAGGAGGCGAGUAGGACUCGGAACGGCAUCAGGCGGUACCUGCGAACAGCGCCGGCGGGGAGUGAGGGAGCGGGUAGCGGCAACAGUGCUGCGGCGGUAGCAGAGGGAGGAGAGACUAGUGACAGGACGCGUGUGAAGGAGAACACGGCUCCGGCAGUGGCGGUGGUAGCAGAGGCAGAGGAUGAUCCAGCCGUAGCUGAAGGUGGACGGGAUGAGCAGCGGGUCGACUCUCCUCUCCAAGCCGAUGCGCUAGUGACCCCACCUUCCCCAGUGGCCGGACCGUCAGGUCUGUGUCAGACUGCUGUCAGCGAGGCGGUUCGGAUCGCCUCCGACCGACCUCCCCUCACCGACGAAUCCUCUAGUCAAGAAUCUGCCUCUGCGUCCUCUGACGCGGCUGUCCCUUCCUCUGCCGCGCCAGAGUCCGAACAUCCCUCUGACGGUCAGUCCGCCGGCGCCGUGGGGGAAUCUGCUCCCUGCCCUCGCUGCGGUAAGCCUAUCUCACCGUGGGACCUACCGGAGCACCUCGACUAUCACAUGGCGCUGGAGCUGUCUGAGCAGGUCACUCCGCCGCCACCGGUCACCGCGCGCCCGCCUAGCCGCGCUCGUGCCCCGACCACGCGCAGACGCGGCCGGCCCAGUAAAGUGGAGACGCUGAAAAAGAACGGAGAGGUGCGGCGGAUCGAUGCGUUCUUUAAGUGAGCUGCUUUGGUGGUAGGUCAGUGCUGCGUGAGCAGUCUCAGAGUUGAGAUCGGUGUUCUCGGCAUAGUGAUGACGAUGAGCGUUGCCAGUGAUCCGUGUCUUCGGGCAGCUCAGCUGUUUGAUGCAAACGGAAUGUGAUGCGUCAGUGAUUAUUCAGCCUUAAUUUUGUGUGAUGAUAGUUAGGUUGUGAUGAUCUGACAAUGCUGCUCGUACCCUGAGCUCCCAUUGACUAGUUUUUAGUCAAGUCAUUGCUGCACUGUAAGUUUUGUUACCAUUUCGCACCUACCUCUAGAGUAAUUUGUGUAAAUAUUGCUUUUGGACACACCUGAACGGUUUACAUUUCCUUUUAAAGGAACUGAUUGCAUGAAUAACAGCAUAAUUUGUGUUUCUGGUUCGAGUUCCAUUUGCAUUUAAUCGGAGCGCACCGCCUGUCAUGAGGCGGUGAACAUGUCAUUGCCGCAGUGAUCUGUUGAUGGCGAUCCAGCCUGCUGGUUUGUUUUCGUCCAUAGUUGGUCAUCAGACCCGAGAUAUAUUUACAUAUACACCUAUUUAUACCAUGGUGUGCCGUCCUUGCAUGCCUCGCUUGUCACAAUGUCACAUCCAUAAAACAUGCGAUAAUAUAUGUGUCGGAACGCUUUCGUCUCGC